ACAUUUUCACUCACAACUUCAAAUUCCAUUCCAACAUUUUCAAUCUCAUUCCAUCUCCAACCUCUCGGAACCAGAUCUAUAUCCUCCUUUCCUUCUCGCCGUAAUGCCGUCGAUUCCACUUGAUCGCGAGCCCGAGAUCGCCUGACUCGCCAUCCAGCCGAACUUCGACUCACUCCAGCCACCGCCUGGUCUUCCCCUCCAUCGCUAGAAAAUGGGGGCAGUGCCUUCGACGCCGCGGCAAACCAGCAGCAGCGAGACAGCGGAGUACCUAAUUGCUACGUUUGUCGGUGAGAAGUCGUUUCCUUUGGCCUCGGAUUUCUGGCAGAAGCUUCUCGAGCUUCCCCUUAGUCUCCGCUGGCCGGCGCACCGUGUUCGCGAAGCUUGCAACCUCUUUGCACAAAACAACUGCUAUACUAGGCACCUGGCGAAGAUUUUGAUUCACCUUGUGUGGUGUUUACAAGAGGCCAUUCGAACUUCUAGUCCUCCGUCUGAUUUGUAUAUGAAGGCUGUUAAUGCAGUGUAUAUUUCGUCUGUUUUCUUGAAGUACACAUUUGAAAACUCCCGAAGUGAAAACCUUCAUGAGUUGUUUUUGUCUCUUGAUGAAACUGAACCAAUACCUAGUGCCUUUGCAACAGAUCAAACAAUUGAGAAUCUUGUCAUGCAUAAUGUGCUAAGCUUUAUUGCUUCAGUAGAUGUAAGUUCCGAUACAUACCUUCUACACCAGGAGCUGCUUAACUUCUUGCUUGUUGCAAUGUCGACUCAACUUUUAUCUGGACCAACUCCUGGACCGAAAGAUGUAAAUCCUUUUAUUGACGCAGCAAUGUCUCAGGAGAUUUCUUUGGUUAGUUCAGUGGUCCAUAGAUUGCUACUCAAUUACAUCACGCAGCCUCAUGUUCCCUUGAGUAGAGCUUAUUCUAUUUUUUCUGAAGGAAGUCAGCCUGGUGUUUUAGAGAGAGUGGGUUCUGCAGCUGCAAGCAUUGUGUUAUUGCCGUUCAAUUACCUCGUCAGUUCAAAUGGUGGGGGCUCUAGAAAGCAACUUGCAGAAAGCAGUCUCCAUGUGUUGCUUAUUCUCAUUCAUUAUCGUAAAUGUCUUGUGAAUGAGGAGUCUGUAACAAUUAGAAGCAAUGAAAGUGUGACUUCCGAUCCUCUUUCUAAAUUAAGCACUCACUUAUCUGAUAAUCCCUACUGCAAGGUCUUAGUAAAUGCAAGGGACAUUGAAUUUGAUCGUGUAGAUGUUGAGGGGAAUGCAAACAAUGGUCCCGUUGUUAGGGUGCCUUUUGCAUCUUUAUUUGAUAUCCUUGGCACGUGCUUGGCUGAUGAGACUGCAGUCCUUUUACUUUAUUCGUUGGUGCAAGGAAACUCUGAUUUUUUGGAAUAUGUUCUGGUGCGAACUGAUUUGGAUACCUUGUUGAUGCCUAUUCUGGAAACACUGUAUAAUGCUUCAAGGCGGACAUCUAAUCAAAUAUACAUGCUACUGAUCAUACUUCUCAUACUUAGUCAAGAUUCUUCUUUUAAUGCAAGCAUUCACAAGAUGAUACUGCCUGGUGUCCCAUGGUAUAAAGAGCACCGUCUUCAUCGGACAACCCUUGGUUCCUUGAUGGUCAUAAUUCUGAUUCGGACUGUACAGUAUAACUUGUCAAAGCUGCGGGCAGGAACAUUUUAUUCUGCAUUGUUAUUUGGAUGCCAAGUUAGCACAUGGACUUUUUAUUUUCAUUAUUUCUAUGAACAGGAUGUCUAUCUCCAUACAACUUGUCUUGCAACUUUGGCAAACAUGGCACCUCAUGUGCAUCGUUUGAGUGCAUAUGCCUCUCAAAGACUUGUCAGCCUUUUCUAUAUGCUUUCACGCAAGUACAACAAAUUGGCAGAGUUAAGAGAGGUUAAACUGCAUGUAAAAGUGAAUUCAAGAGAACAAGACAACGCUGGAGAUGAUAUGUCAGCAGAACUUCAAAUUUACACUGAUUUCUUGAGGAUUGUCCUUGAAAUAUUAAACGCAAUUUUGACUUAUGCUCUACCAAGGAAUCCUGAGGUUGUGUAUGCCAUUAUGCACAGGCAGGAAAUCUUUCAACCAUUCAAGAACCAUCCUCGAUUUAACGAGCUGCUUGAAAAUAUCUACAAUGUGUUAGAUUUUUUCAACAUCCGUAUGGAUGCUCAAACACUGGAUGGUGAAUGGUCUGUGGAGAAAGUUCUCCAAUUCAUAAUCAAUAAUUGUCGAUCUUGGCGUGGUGAAGGGAUGAAGGUGUUUACUCAACUACACUUCUCAUAUGAACAAGAGAGUCAUCCAGAGGAGUUCUUUAUUCCAUAUGUCUGGCAGCUUGUAAUGGCCCGCAGUGGAUUCAGCUUUAAUCCAAGUGCAAUAAGUUUGUUUCCGGUUGAUCUGCAUGCUGAUAAAGAGAUCAGAUAUGGAUGGGAACCCAACGCACAUCCGAAUGGAGAGGUGAAUGAGAUCAACCUUCAUCUUGAUCCAUAAUUUUCACUUUGGCUCAUAUCAAUCCUACUCGUGAUUUUGGCUGCUUUUGUAAAUAUAUAUAUAUAUAUAAUAGAUAUAUAUAAUAUAUAUAUAUAUAUAUGUAUAUAAGUAGUAGAAAAUGUAUUCUUCUAAUUCUUUUCUGUUAAUAUGUUGGAAACACUGUAGAGACCCUGUUUUGCCUAUAGAUGAAGUUCUAGAUUUGCAAAUCCCAAUCUUAUGUAAUAAGAAAGGACGAUCAAUUCCACAUU